UGGAUGUUGAGUUGUUGACUUUGACUUGGAAGUCUUGUGAUUAAGUGAGUAAUAAUAAUCACAGAACCAUAGACAGAGGUGUUGGUAACAAUGGCAAGAGGAACUCUCCUUCCUCAACUAUGCAUCUCACUCUGCACUUUUGUUCUGCUCUUCGCUUACCAUGCUUCAUGUUUUUACCUCUUUGAUGUUGCACCUCAAGACUUCCACAAGGGUGAUCCAUUGAUGGUGAAAGUGAAGGAACUGACUUCCACAAAAACACAUCUUCCGUACUCUUACUACUCACUGCCUUAUUGUCAUCCAGAUCAGGUUGUUGACUCUGCAGAGACUCUUGGGGAAGUUAUUCAGGGUGAACUCAUUCAAAACUCUCCCUAUCUGGUUGGUCAAUUUAGGAUGAGAGAACCACAGAAAUGCAAGAUUGUGUGUCGUAUAGUUCUCGACACGAAAACAGCCAAAGAAUUCAAGGAAAAGAUAAAGGAUGAAUAUCGGGUGAACAUGAUUUUGGACAAUCUUCCCUUGGUUAGAGGAAUAUCAUUUCCCGAUGAAUCUUCCAUUCUGUAUAGCCAUGGCUUCCCCAUUGGUUUUACAGGAAUGUAUGCCGGAAGCAAGGAGGUGAAGUAUUUUAUCCAAAACCAUUUAACUUUUGUAGUCAAGUAUCAUGAAGAUCCAAUAAAGAACUUGUCAAAGAUUGUAGGCUUCGAGAUCAAACCUUUCAGUGUGAAGCAUGAAUAUGAUGGAAUAUGGACUCACACUCACUUAACCACCUGUGGUGAACCAAAUACAUAUGGAUCACCUCAAGAGGUUAAAGACAGGAAUGAAAUCAUUUUUACAUAUGAUGUUGAGUUUGAGGCCAGUGAUCUGAAACGGGAAUCUCACUCGGAUAUGUAUCUUCCAAAGGUUGGUGACUGGUUUUGGACUGUUAAGUCCUUGACAAUUGUACUAUUCCUAUCUGGCAUGGUGGCCAUGAUAAUGCUGCGGACAAUUUACCGCGACAUCUCAAAGUACAAUCAGUUACAGACACAAGAAGAAGCACAGGAAGAGACAGGGUGGAAAGUAGUCCAUGGUGAUGUGUUUAGGCCUCCAUCAAACUCAGACUUACUCUGUGUAUAUGUUGGAACAGGAGUUCAGUUAUUCGGAACAGUUCUUGUCACUGUGGUCUUGGCUGCUCUUGGAAUUCUAUCUCCCUCAAACGGAAGGAGAUUGAUCAGAUUAAUGCUGUUCCACUGGAUACUUAUGGGGCCAGUAGCCGGAUACACUUCGGUGCGCCUCUAUAAGAAGUUCGACGGGACAGAAUGGAAAAGAAUCACUCUCAGCACAGCUUUGAUGUUUCCAGCUACUGCAUUUGCUGUAUUCUUUUUGCUGAAUGCUCUUGUUUGGUUCCAAGGAUCUUCCAGGGCCAUGCCAUUGGGAACAAUGUUGCUUCUUGUUUUCUUAUUGUUUGGAAUCUCAGUGCCACUUGCCUUCAUUGGUGGCUAUGCUGGUUUUAGGAAGCCGGCGAUGCAGGAUCCUGUAAGGACACGCAAGAUAGCAAGGCAGAUACCGGAGCAGCCUUGGUACAAGAACCAAGUCCUCUCUAUUCUCAUUGGAGGCUUUCUCCCAUUCGCUGCAGUCUUUAUAGAGUUUUUCUUCAUUCUUGUAUCAAUCUGGUAUUUUGAGUUUCAUCGCAUAUACAGCUUCUUGUCUAUCAUGUUUGCGAUCCUCAUUGUUACUUGUGCUGAGGUCUCCAUCGUUCAAUGCUACUUCCAGCUGCGUAGCGAAGACUACCACUGGUGGUGGAGAUCAUACCUGACUUCAGCUUCCUCUGCACUCUACCUUUUCCUAUAUGCUGUUUAUUUCUUGUUCUUCAAGACUGAAAUCACAAAACCAGCAUCUUUAGUCUUGUAUUUUGGGUACAUGCUGCUGCUUUCAUAUGCUUUCUCUGUGUUGACCGGCGCUAUCGGUUUCUGCACAUGCUUCAGCUUCACAAGGCUCAUCUAUUCAUCAGUUAAAUUUGACUAAUGUUUGCCCAUGUAAACUUUCAGUAUCAUAUAUUAUACUCUUACUUACAGUGGGUUC